AUGAUAGAAGAGGAGGAGUGGUCCAAGGAGCAGGAGGCCAACCGCAAGCCCGGCCAGAAGCACCCGACGCCGUCGCCAGGCUUUGCGGACCGAGUCUUUUACGAGAGCCUGCUGCAGCAGCGUCCGGACAGUCGCAUGGCUCAGAAGUGGUGCCUCGAAUACGGCGUGCUCAAGUGGGCGGAGGCUGAGGCGUUGUGCAAGAAGCUGGGCGUCAGUACAAACGUGACGCGGCCAGCGAAGUCGCCCAAGAUUCAGAAGCAGAAGAGCAGCACGUCGUCAGCCAUUCGACGUGCGCUCGAUGAGUCAGCGGCGGCGGAGGCCAUGGAGAUCACCAGCGGCGGGUUCGAAGGUGUCGGCCUGGGAGCUCUCUAGUGGCAGAAAGUGUACGAAAGUAAUUAAUGAAGAGAGGUCUAGCUGCAGAA